GAACACUUGAUCUCAUUUCAGGUUCAAAAACAGUUCGACGAAGACAAGUUGAAGGAGGCACUCCUCCAAAAGCAAAGAUGGGAAAAAUGGCAAAUGGAGUUCGUCGAAUCGCAACAAAGAGCUCGCGAGUUCAAGGCCUAUUGGGAGCGACGUCGCCAAGACGAUACGGACCUUUGGAGAGACAAAGAUUUUGCUGACGCGGUGUACAAGAUGAGUCGCGCCGGUUAUAAGGGAGAGUACGGACAUCACGAAGUUCCGGAAGAAGAUAAGACUUAUCUGGAAGCUCUUCACAAACAAGUCACUGUCGGGGACUACGAUGGCAACGAAUCUCUCAAAUGUGCUGGUGAAUGGAAGAAACUGGCCGGAAAAAGCAAAAUCGACGCUCAACGAGAAUAUAUCCACCAUACCAACAAGAUGCUCACUCGUUAUGGAUGGAAUCCGCCAGACCAUCGAUUUUGA